AUGGCGUUAGGAUGGAAAAGUUGGAGGGGAAUCUUGUAUAGGCUGCCUACAUCAACAAAGAACGGGUGCAAAGGACGACCAUAUGACGACAAUUUGUAUUUUGAUCCCUCGGUUUUGGAUAAAAAGGAAUAUGAAGAUUUCUCUCACUUCUUCCAAGUUGAUAUUGUGUUCGGCAGUAGGGAAGAAUUAAUCAACUGGGCGAAAGAAACUGCAGUUAGUCAUUGUCACCGUUUGAUUUGUCAGUCUAGAAGGGAGAAUGCACAGUACAUGACGUGUGACAAAUACGGACAUGGCCGACAAACGAAUAUCGAUGUGGAAGAUCCUAGAAACUCAGGAACAAAAAAAUGUGGUUGUCCGUUCAAAUUGAUUGGCAAAAGGUCAAGGUUUGAUGAAUUAUGGCGGUUGACUGUCAGCGAUGGCAGGCAUAGUCAUCGUCCGACUUUGUUUCCUCACGGACAAGGUACGACUAGUCGUAUAACUCCACAACAGAAAGCAAGAAUUAAAGAAUUGCGAAAUUCUCACGUGAAGCCAAUGCUGAUCAUGGAUAGACUGAGAAAAGAUGAUCCGACGAUACAAACCUCUAUGAAGCAUGUUUACAAUGAGUUGGCCAAGAUUAAAUCUGAGGAAAUGGAGGGCAUGACUGUUAUUCAGUUUAUGAUGCAUAACUUUCAAAAAGGCGAGUAUCGAUAUUGGCAUCGCGUCGAUAGUGAAACGAGCAACACGAUUACAGAUAUUAUGUUUGCAUGUCCCGAAUCUAUUAAGUUAUUACGGUUGUUCCC